AGGACAUCAAUUCCACUGGAAGCGUUGAACAGUCAGUAUCAGAAUCAGCAAACAUGGCCUACGAAACUCUGCUGAACAGCACGUACAGUCCUGUAUACGUGAAAAAAACCUACACCCCAUCGAAGGCCGUGAAGAAAAUCUUCAAAAUGGCCUGUAAACUACUAAAGGCCUCGUCCACCACUUCCAAGGGGCACAGGGAGCUCAAAAACACCAGCCCGCCAGCCCACGAGGAGAAUUCCUCGCAAAUAGAAUGCCUCGUACUUAGCGAAGAAGAAUUACAAAACUCCCAAAACGAAGAGUUGGAGGCAGCGGCAUCAGCUCAAUAUUUGCAACUGUGAUCGAAGGAAGGAGAUCGUCCUGGACAUCAGAAAAAGAGCUUUAAGACUACACCGGAAUGGGUCUCUAAACAUCCGAGCAGCUUUAACGCCCCACUCAACAAGUGGAAAUGACUAGAGUGCAUCCAACUAAGCUUUAAUCAUUGUCUUCCAUAUAUUUUUAAGUGACUGAAUAAAUACAUACCUAAUAUGAAUAUUAACCGA